AUGCCUCGUUUCCGCCACUGCUUAUCCAUGUCCCCCCUCGUGAUCCUCCUCUUCCAUCUUGCAACAUGGCCUGUGCACGGUGAGGUCGCCAAUGGCGGCCACCGCGACCUCCCUUUCCUCCUCUCGUUCAAGGCCUACAACCCCAACAAUGUCACGGUCCUGAAGACCUGGGUCGGCCCCGACCCAUGCUCCGGCGCGUGGCUCGGGGUCCGGUGCUCCAGGGGGAGGGUGGCGGGCGUCUUCUUGGACGACGCAUCGCUGGUGGGCAGCGUGGCUCCCCUCCUCGGGCUCACCCAGAUCAGGGUGCUCGCCGUCAGGAGGAACUCCCUGUCCGGCCCUCUCCCUCCAUUGGACAACUCCACGAGCCCAAGGUUGAGGCACCUGCUCGUCUCCCACAACAACCUCAGCGGAGGCCUCAACCUUUCGCUGCCUUCCCUGGUCACUCUGCGAGCAGAGCACAACGGAUUCCAUGGCGGCUUGCAGGCUCUGCGCCUGCCGAUGGUCAGAAGGUUCAACGUGUCGAGUAACGAGCUCGUCGGAGAGAUCCCCAGCUCCCUGUCGGGAUUCCCGAGCUCGUCUUUCGGCAGCAAUGUCGAUCUCUGUAGCAAGCCUCUUCCGAGGUGUAUACAUGCUUACAAUGCAGUGGAAGAUAGCGCCUCAAAUGCUACCACUGGUGUCGCUCAGUCUCCUACUGCAGCAACAAAUACAUCGAGUGGCAGUCCGAGCUCUUCCAGUAAUGGAAGAUUCAGUCAGCUUGGCAUGACCGCACUCGUGGCCACUGGCAUUGGCAAUGCAGUGCUGAUAGCGAUCUCGCUGGCCAUCUCUGUGGCCAUGUUCAUCUACAUGAGAAGAAAGCUGAGGCCCUCUAACGACGAUUCCAAAUCCAGUGCGUCUCUUUGCUUCGAGGAGGAAGACAAGAUCAGGAGUGGUGAAGAGAAGUGCCAGAAGAGCGGCGCCCUGGUCUGCUUCGACGGCGGCGAGGAGCUGAGGCUGGAGAGCCUGCUCAAGGCCUCGGCGGAGGUGCUCGGCAAGGGCGUGUCCGGGAGCACGUACAAGGCCGUCCUCGAGGACGGCAUCGUGGCGGCCGUGAAGCGGCUCAGCGCCCUGCAGUUCCCCGGCCGGAGCAAGGCCUUCGACCGCCACAUGCGGCUCGUCGGCAGGCUCCGGCACCGCCACGUCGUCAGCCUCAGGGGCUACUGCAACUCCAACGGCGAGCGGCUGCUCGUCUACGACUACCUCCCCAACGGGAGCCUCCAGUCCCUUCUGCAAGGCAACGGUGGAGGCGGCAGAACGAGGAGCCUGGACUGGGCGACGAAGAAGGGCAUCCUGUUCGGUGCGGCGCAGGGCCUCAACUACAUCCACACGUUCCCGGCGCGGCCGGCGCUGGUGCACGGGAACGUGAAGCCGUCCAACAUCCUCCUCGACGAGCGCGGCGCCGCGUGCGUCUCCGAGUGCGGGCUCAUGCGCUACGCCGCCAGCGUCCCGCAGUCCGGCCCGCAGCCGCCCGAGCUGUUCCUGGACCGGGCGUCGGAGGCGGUGUCGGGCCGCGGCGGAUGGCGCGGGUACGCGGCGCCGGAGCUGACGGCGCCGGGCGCGAGGGCGACGCAGGAGUCGGACGUGUACAGCUUCGGGAUGGUGCUCCUGGCGGUGGUGACCGCCAAGGGCGCCGCGGACGGCGGCGAGGACGAGGGAGAAGGGGAGGAGACGAUGGGGAUGGUGAAGAUCGGCGUGCUGUGCACCGCCGAGGCGCCGGAGGAGAGGCCCAGGAUGGCGCAGGUGCUCACCAUGAUGAGCGAGUUCAUGUAG